UUCGUCUGUUGGCGCUGGUGGAAGCAAGGAGCGUCCGUGGACUGCGGAAUCGCCACAUGUCCACGCCUUCAAGAGCAACAGCUACCAGGUGACGACACGAGAGCAUAGUUCAACUCCCUUGUGUGUUUGUGUGUGUCCUGUAUUCAUUUCUUCUGGACGUCUUCGUGCAGUGACCACAUAUUCCUAUCAGCGCAACUGACACAUCCAGCAUGUCAUUAGAGAAAGUGGACUCGAACUCAAUGCCUCAGGCUACAGAACUGGAUGUCUUCCUUCCGCCAGAUGGCUCCAACAUCAAGGACAACAUCCACAGUGGCAAGUAUAAGGUGAACGUCAAACCGAAGGAUCCAGAAGCGGCCUAUGUCAACCACGAUGGCAAGGACAGUUUCGAUCCUUUCAGAGAAAGGAAGCUGGACCACCCCACCACGGACUGUGACACUCUGACUCACCUGCUGAAGGCGUCCCUGGGUACGGGUAUCCUAGCUAUGCCUGACGCCUUCAAGAACGCCGGCCUUACAGCCGGGGUGAUCGGCACCGUGCUGGUGGCCAUCAUCUGCACGCACUGCGCCUACAUCCUGGUGAAGUGCGCCCACGAGCUGUACUACAGGACCAGGGUGACCGCGAUGAGCUUCGCGGAUGUCGGGGAAGUCGCCUUUGCCAACGGUCCGCCGUGGGCUCGGAAAUUCUCCAAGUUCGCGAGACAGACGAUUCUCGUGAGUCUGUUCCUGACCUACUUCGGCACCUGCAGCGUGUACACCGUCAUCGUGGGCAACAACUUCCAGCAGGUGAUCGAGCAUCAUACGCAAAUAUCCCUAGACCAGAGGGUGUACAUCGCCGCCCUACUCCUACCCCUCAUAUUGUUGGGGUGGGUACCAAACCUCAAGUAUCUGGCUCCAGUCUCCAUGAUCGCCAACCUGUUCAUGGCUGUUGGACUCGGAAUCACCAUCUACUACCUGGUCCAGGACAUACCCGAUGCUUCUACGCUCCCUCAGUUCAAUGCCUCCUUGAACACUAUUCCGCAGUUCUUCAGCAUCGUCAUAUUCGCCAUGGAAGCAAUUGGAGUGGUGAUGCCUCUGGAAAACAACAUGAAGUCGCCACGACAUUUUCUCGGUUUGGGAGGAGUUCUCAACCAAGGGAUGGCCGGUGUGACACUGAUCUACAUUUUGUUGGGUUUCCUCGGGUACCUGAAGUACGGAGACAAAACUGAAGGCAGCAUCACGCUGAAUCUUCCUCUGGAUGAAAUACCUGCCCAGUCGGUGAAGAUCCUCAUUGCUUUAGCUGUGUACUGCACGUACGGUCUGCAGUUCUACGUGUGCCUUGAAAUCGGCUGGAAUGGAAUUAAGAACACUUUCACCAAGCGACCCGUUGUGUCAGAAUAUGCCAUGCGGACAUUCCUAGUUAUCUUAACAAUUGUGCUGGCGGUAGCUGUUCCUACAAUAAGCCCCUUCAUCAGCCUCAUUGGUGCACUGUGCUUUUCCAUUCUGGGACUAAUAGUUCCUGCUUUCAUUGAAGUUAUCACAUUCUGGGAUCAUGGACUCGGGCAUUAUCGUUGGAGACUUUGGAAGAACGUUCUUGUCAGUAUAUUUGGCUUGAUGGCGCUGGUGUUUGGUUCCUACACCAGCAUUAAAGAAAUUGCAAAACUCUAUACAGACACUCCAAAAUCAUGAAGAGUGUAUUUUAUUAAGGACACAAGGUUUUAUCUUGCCACUUUCAAUCCCAGCAGCCUUAUUGGACUGACCAUUUUUUGCAGUUUACUAUUGGUUUGCAGUAUUUCACAAUAAGAGUGGCAAAAGAUGUAUAUCUAAAGCCCUGUAUGCACUAGGGCACAUGUUGCAAUACAAGUUGAGCAACUUGUAUCAGGGGACAUGUCGCAAUGACAUGAGACACCGAUACAUCCGUCCACAUUCUAUGUUAUGAUGUUGCACGAUCGUUCUUCCACUGUACAUUCAUUGCUGGUCCCGUGACAUGUCUACUCUGCACAACAAUGGGGACAUCCUUUGAUGUUUCCUCAUGUUUCCACCUCUCAACCAAUAACCGGGCACAUGAUAUCUGUUGCGGAACUCUAGGCACAUCAAGCAACUGUCCCGAUACAGUGUGCUGCAACAUUUGUGCCCUAGUGCAUACAGGCCUUAAAGAACAACGGAAAUAGCAACAGAGGUAAGACCUGUGCUUGUCACAAUGUGCUACUACUUGACCUUGUUACGAUAUUGCACUCUGGAUAGACAGCCGGUAAAUGACCAACAUUGGAUAUGGGAGGGAAAUGGUCAAGUAAGUAUAAAACCCUCCUAGUAAUGUAAAACCUUGUAAGAUUCUUCCAGUCAUUACAAAAAUCCACUGCUGCUACGGUGGUGGGGGCAUAUUUCUGUUUGCAACUGGCAUUCCUGUCUACAAUGAACAUUAACAAAACAAAUUUUGUUUAAAAUGGUUCAUUGUGUGUAUAGAAAUAAAACUGUGAAUUCAGUUGA